AUGCAAGAAGCCUCACUUGAGCCUCAGAAACACCUGGAUUCCCUCAAUGCCCUUCAUUCGGUCCCCUGGCAUCAGCCAGACCUAUCCCCUCCCUUGUGCAACACCUCUCCGAGUAGCAAUGCUCCUACGUCCCACUCGCAAUCCUCUAGUGGGUAUGAGAAGAGAUCAUCUCAAUCAUCCACGUCUAGUCCUGUCUCCAAAGACGCGCGGCUCAUCUGCGACUUUUGUGGGCAGGCUUUUGAGGAUGUAGAUUCUCUUUGCUCUCACCUUAUCUCAUCUCAUGUGGCUUCAAGUCCAUUUCAUUGUGGCAGGAAAUGCUGCAACAAGACUUUCAAGGACGGCAGGUCUUUGAAGCGACAUUUGACAGAGUUUCAUCUUGGUUCCGUUUACGUUUGUCGCUGCGGCAGGCACGACGGGAGAAAAGAUAAGCAUUGCAAACAUAUUGAGAGUAACAACUGUACUGGCCACGGCCUUUAUAGUUGCUCUUGUGGUCAUUCAUUUGAUCAGCUCAAGUUGCACAAACACCACGUUGAAAGAUGUGGUAAAAAGAGGAGAGGAAGACCACGAAAAUACCCAAUGAGGGCCAGUGAGAGGAUUUGA